GUUACCAGCUUAUACUUGAGCGUUAACCAUUAUUUUUGGUUGUUUUGAUUCUCAUGUAACAAUAAAAAUACGUGAUCUAGAUCUAUUAAAACUAAUGUAGUAGCUUUUAUAACCUUGAUCAAGGUGAUAAAUUCGUCAUAUUUUUAAAGUGUUGAAAGCUAUAUAUAUAGAGAAGAAAAAUGUGGGAAGGAGCAGAAACAGAUAUAGACAGAAAGUCCUCAAGCAUAAGCAAAAUUGCUGCAAGCAAUGCAGCUGUGACACCACCAAAAGCUAUACCAAGAAGCUCUGUAGGGUCUAAGACUAACUUAGAAGGUAUUGCAGAUAUAAACCCAGAUCAAUCAGCUUCUGAAAACAAAGUUGGAGACUGGAGAAAUAUGAGAAGGAUUAUUGCAGAAGAUCCUGAAUGGUCACUUGCAACAGUACCUUUGCUUAAUGAGCUAGUUAUUAAACACAUUGUUCAAAAUUUUGAGCACAAAUCGGAUGUACUAAAAAAAUUGCUAACUAAAGAUCAAACAAAAGUUUUAGCUCAAAUCUCAACUGACUUACCGCUCAAAGUGACAGCUCUUCUUAUUGAUGAUGAAGGAUUCUGGGAGAGAUGCUGCAGAGCUAGAUGGGAGUUGUGUGAUGUCUCAUGUCAUGGUAACAGCUGGAAGUGUAUGUAUCUUGAAAGACAUCUUCAACAGCUGAUAGAACUUUAUGUUCCAGAAGCAACAGAUACAGACGAAAUUGAUGAUGUCUUGACACUCAGUAGUAAUUUUAUCAAGAAGAUUGACAUACGCCAACUUCUACCACCAGUGCCUACUGUUUCAAAAGCUCCAGAUUUCGAUGAGCAUUCAGAUGCUCUCAGUGACACUGGAGAUGAACUGGAAAGUGACCACUUUAACUUUGGUCCAGUCUUGAAAAGAUUACCUUUUCUUGAAGAAUUUCAUGUCACAUAUGGAGUUCGUGAUUGUGGAAUGAACUUUGAAUGGAAUUUUUUUCAGUUCACUGCCAAAGACUGCUUACAACUAUCUGAAUGCAUUGCAGGCUUACCAAACCUAAAAGUAUUUAGGCUGCAUAAAAGUAAAGUAGAUGAUGAAAAGGCCAGAGUACUGAUUAGUCAUAUUCUAGAUCAUCCCGGACUUGUAGAACUAGAUCUCUCUCACAACAUAAUAGGUGAUCGUGGAGCACGUGCCAUUGGUAAAUUUCUUAACAAUCACUCCAAAUUGGUCAAACUGAACCUCUGUGACAAUCAAAUCAGGGUAGCUGGUGCCCAGGCCAUAGCUCAUGCUCUUACCAAAAAUAACCUGUUACAGAGUUUAAACUUGAGAUUAAAUCGCUUGGGUGAUGAAGGUGGACAGGCAAUAUGUAGAGCUUUAAUGAAGAACAGAACACUAGUUGAGUUAAAUUUAUGUGGCAAUGACUUGAUGGAGCCAUCAGCAGUACUAAUGUCUCAAGUGUUAAUGCAGAAUCCACAACUACGUUCUAUAGACCUCAGCUGCAACAGACUUGGAAUUGAUGGAGGUAAACACCUCCAAGAAGGCAUGGAAGAAAAUGAAACAGUAAUACACAUGGACCUGAGGUUAACUGAAUGUGGCCAAGAAGCAGAAUUCUGCAUCAACCAAAUCUUGCUGCGUAACCAAGAGGCUGAUCGCAACAAAAGAAUAGAGGAGAACAAACCUAUAAACGCUGUGUUUUAUAAAGAGAAAAUGGAGCCACAAGCAGCACACAGAUUUAGACUUCCACCAGCAGCUGUCUUAUUCUAAUUACUUCAAAUCAUGAUUUGUGUGGUAUGACGUUUUCAUGAAGAAAAAAGAUUUGUGUUAUUAUUAGGUAGAACAAGAAAGAUAAAACAGUUAUUAUAAAUACAGAUAUAAGAUUAAGAGAGAGGAAAAAUAUAUUAUCAAGUCAAUGACUUAGUUCAAUGAAAUAACAUUAAUUCCUUAUUACAUUCUGCCAGCGCAGUGAACCUGCAUGAAUCACCAUAAAUUUUUAUCGAUGCCCAUAAAAGCCAACAACAUGUAUUUAUAAACCAAAAUUCA